CUUUUAUUUUUAGGAAGUAAUGCUACAGUGUUUUGAUGUCCCAAAUAGGGUUAUUAAAAAAAAAAAAAAAAAGUAGUAAAAGGUUCCUUUCAGCAUUUACUUAACUGUGGAUUAUUGUGCAGUGCUAACAUUCUGCAGUGUGAGGAGUUGGUUCCCUUUUAGAAUGUGAAUGACUUUACCAACUGGGAUUUCAUUAGGGGUUGAGACUAGGUACCAUGUGUAAGUGUCCUACCCUUGAGGACAGGUUAACUUGAACUGAAAGGGGGUCUUUAUGUGACGUUUUAGUGGCUGGAAUCAAGGCAGGUUUGUGAUUGCAGAUUUGGCCUUUUUCGAUCCCCCGUUUUCUUUUUGUAAUCUUAGGCGUGUAGCUUACAUGAUUCAGAUGGAGACUAGUGUAACACUUACCAACCUCGACCAUGUCAAACAGGUGCCUCUGUGGUCUUUGGCAUGGAUAUUUUUGCAAAAUUGGACCUACUGAGGUGAUCAGUCACCUGUUGUUAAACCUCAUGAACUUCUCUUUCUGGGGAUUCACAACUGAGCCGCCACAGGGCAUUGUUAAACACCAGUGAACUAACUACUUGUGUGAUUUGUGGAGCUCUUUGGGUUUCUCAGUCUGCCAUGAGGUCACAAAUAUGGCAGUUUCCAAAGCAGAACAUUUUUAGCUUCCUCUUCAAGCUAAGCUGCUUUAUCUUAACUGUCCACAUUAGGCCUUGCCUUUGGCCUUCUCUGUGAUUGGAAUUCCUAACCCUGUGAGUAAAAUCCUCGUGUCCUGCCUGGCACACAGCGCCAGUGAGCUCUACCAUUGUACUGCCUCCAGCAUCAUAAAAAUAGACAGCAGUGCUGACUGACUUUUCUAGGCUGCCCUCUGAAAAUUCAUCAUGAACAUGACCCGAUCACAGUAUCACUGAAUCAUUAACUUGCACCAGACACCAAAACACUCGGGCUUUUUUUGAUAGGCAGCUCUCAAUUUUUGUUUUUUGUAUUCAUAGCGAUAAAGCUACUAUUACUACUAUUACUACUAAUUGAGAUUAGGAAUACAUGAAAAAGUCUUGAUAGGGUGCUGAAAAAUUAUUAUGUAACAGUAAGAGGGAAAGAGUUUGAAUUUCACUUGCUGUGAAUUCUUAAGCGUAUGUGCUCAGAGUGAAUGCUACCAGCCGCUCCAGUGGGUGGUGCUGAUGGUUUCGGUUGGUGGUGUGCCCUGUGCCUGCCAGGCCGUCAGCACCUACAUCUUGUCUUCUAUCUAACUCUUCUAAUGUCCUCUAGUAACUGAACUUUCAUUUUCCCUCGCAUGUAUUGCAACUAUCAAUUAGUGACUCAGUGUUUUAAAAGUGCUGUAAUGAAUACUGUUUCCUCCUGGGGACACACUGUAAUGAUAGCAAAAACACUUUUGAGACUUCUCUUUUGGCAAGUAUUUUUAGAGUAUGUGGCUCAGUGUCUUUGGUGCUUUGAUAAUGGAGACAAACAGGCAUCAUUAAGUUCAAAAAAAGGAGGCUGAUGUUAGCAGGUGAUCGUGAAUUCUAGAGACAUAAUUAUUUUGCCAUGUGUUAUAAUUCAGUAGCAAUAAAUCCCUUAUUGGAUGUUUGUCUGUGUUUCUAGACUUGGUGGCCACCCUGUAGUUUGGUGAGAUGUAAGAUGUGACUGUGAAGUUGGUUUUCUUGUGUAACUGCUAAAGUGGUUCUAAAGUGAUUCUUAAAGAGAUGUUAUGUUUUUGAGCCAUGAUGGCAUCAUUGGUGCUAAAUGUACAAACCCCACACCUUCACCAGGAUCAUCACUUUAACCAAAGAUAAUGUGAGUAAAUUAGUACCUUCUUUUAGCUGAAAAACUCCAUCUUGUUACUUUAUCCUUGUACUUAGUAAGUGCAGACUCUCCUUCCUUAACUAUUAGCCAUUAUUUUUUGCCCACCUUUUCUUUGUGCUCCCCAAAUGUAGACUAACUUCUCAGAGGCUAAAGAUAUGCUCCCUCCUAACCUGUUUCCAUUACCCAUAUCUCUGGUGGUUGUUUAUAAGGCAGACUUCUUAAAGGAAGAAGAAAAGUGAAGGGUUAGAUAAUCUUCACUAGGCAGUUAAUUCUUGAAUGCCAGAGAGCGAUCUCAAUAGAGAGUUUUCAGUUAAAUUUUAAAUAAUUUUUUAUUUGCUUAGAAAGGAAGACUCUAGUAAUUUUGGAAUUUUAUUCUCUCGUUUACAAAACAUUUUCUUAAAACUUUCUCCCUUUUCUGAUGGUACUGAGGGAGGGGGUUGGAAAUACUUAUUUAGGCCUCUGUUUGGGAUGGUGUUUGAAAUAGGAUAAAACUUAUUCGCUAUUUAUUUUUAUUUUUUUUCUGUUUCCUUCUGUAUCAUAUGAACUCCUAUUCUAUUAUAUCCUUGAAACUCAAGUUUUUUUUCUCAGCAUAAAGACAUAAAAUUCUUCAUUGUUUUGGAAGGGACUUAUACCUACCGUAGAGUUGGAAGAAUCACUACAAAAGGCUAAGUAAAACAAGAGAGACAGAACCCUGAAAAGAAAGUUAUUGUUCAUUUAUUUAGCACAGUUUCUGUAGUAGGAAAGCAACAUUAAACAUUAUUUUAAAAACUGCAUUUGUGAGACAUUAAUAGAUGCCUUACUUGGUUUAUGGCAAAUUGAUUAAACAUUUGUUUUGGUAAUAUUUAAAUCAUACAGAUAGGACUUUAAGUAACUAAGUGUAAGUAAACACUAUUUGAUGAUCAGUAAUUCUGUAUCUGGUUUGAAAGCUGUUUCCCCAAAACGUUAUUGCAAGACAAAUUUUCUGCUACAAACUUGGAAAUCUUUGGAAUAUGUCAGGCUGAAAGGACUGGUUCGGGCGUGAUCUGAAACUUGGGUGUCUUGCCUUCUGCUUCAAUGCCUGGUUCCACUCUGAAGAGGGGAGUUUCACACCACUAUGUGCACUUGACACAUGCAAAUGCUAAAUACAGUCGCAGCAUGAGGUCUCUGUCAUUAACAGUAAUUUAUGUAAUGAAAGCCACCUGGCUGUUUUUUCUUAUAAUUAAUUGCUUGUAAAUAAUAAAUUUAAAUAUAAUUUAUAGUUUUCUAAAUUUGAUUACCAUAUAGACCCAACAGCAAACGUAAAAAAAAUUAUCAAUUCCAUAAUUCUAUGACUUUUUAAAGGUGAGCACAUAUACCACACACACACACACAAAUACACAUUUUAAAGUAAAUAUCAGAUGAAAAUACUUCUGGAGAGCAGUAAGAAUGUAAUCAACUCCUGCUGGUUUUAUUCAAGUUAGAAUGGUAAUUUUGAAGUAGUCUCAUCACUUUUAAAAGUAUUUCUACAUAUAGUUGAAUACACUCAGAAGAAAGUAUGCCUCCUUAGCAGUAAGGUAGUAAAACGCCUUUAAAAAAAGCUCUUUUCCUGUUUUAUAAAAUUCCAAUUAUGUUUUGAAAAGAGUUUCUAUAUGAAGAAAAAGCACUUAAGCAUAUAUGAUGAUAUUUCACAUAUUGUGGUGACAAUAAGAGGUUCUUUGCCUAAUAGAUGUACCAAGGAUAUCUUAGCUUAAAACAGCAUUAUGGUAUUUCUUUUUUGUUUAUGUGGCCACAUAUAUCAGCUGCCACAGAAUUGUGUUUUCUGGCAUAGAAAAUGUCUAAGAUACACAUGGUUUAAAGAGAAGGGGGGCUUUAGAACCGUGUCCUCUGUGCUUCUCUUUCAUUAGAAAAGGACAGAAGGAAGUAAGGAAGGACAUAAUUUAUGGCUUUAUGUUUAAGAUUUAACUACUAUUUAAUGACAAUUAUAUCAGACUUUCUCAAACUUUGAAUCUGAUUUCUUAAAUUCAUACCUUUUUCUUAAAUGCAUUUCUUUUAAAUAUCUAUAUUAUUUUAUACUAUAGCAGUGAAAUCACUAUCAUUGUCAAUGUGUAUCAUACUUUUGUAAAGGAUUAACCGAUUAAAGUAUUCGAGUAGCUUUGAGCUACAAAUUUAUAAACUGUUAAGACUUUUCCCCUUAUGUGACUAGCAGCAUUUUUACUUCACCAUGAUUUAGUAAAGUUUAAAUAAAUAAAUAAUGCUUUUUUUUGUUACUUGUAUUCUUUUUAAACCUGGAAUUCUCUUUGUUCUUUGUAGACACUCAACUAGAUUAUGAAAAACUUAGUUCUGUUAAAUAGCAAAAUUGCAUGUUGACUGCAUACAAGAUUGAGAGAGUCAAGUGAUUGAGGUUUCUGUGUUAGCUGGAAUUGCCUAUAAAUAAAAAAUGUGGCUUCUGUGUGUGGUCAGGGUGUGACCACCAUCCGUCACCUUAAUAGCAGACAUCAGAUUUGUUCAUCACUUGGUUUCCAAGAUCUAAUAAUCCCUCAAGAAUUUAGAAUGUUGUUGACUGUCCCCAUUUACAUCAUUGAAGGCUUUGCAACAGGUGCAGCUGUGUAUACUAAUUGCAGGGUGUGCCUAAUCUGUCCAGAAGGGAAAGUACCUCCAAAUUUGGUAUCUUAAAGAGUGGAGUGACCUUUUAAAGUCCCAGAAUGAGAAUUGCCAACAAUUCCAACAGGCUAAUUAUACCCACAAGGAGUUGUGAAGUGCUUUUAAGUUUUCCUAUGUACCUAAAAGUUCAGUGAAUGCUUGAAGUCAUUAAUAUAUGACAGAUGCACUCCCUUUUCAAGAGCUCCUAUGAUAAGUUUUGAUUGUAGAAGUGGGAAUUUGACCUAUAGCUUAUCACUUGCUCAUUAGCAUGCUGGAGGACUACGAGUUUCUUUUGUUAUUUGUUUUGACAUGAGUGUUAUCUUACUCCAGAAUUCCAUCCGCCUCCUUCUGUCUGCUGAUAUGAAGUCACAGCAGAUAACCUUGAUGCUGGUUUUUUAAAAGCAUCAUGCAUUGUGUAGUGUUACAUAUAUUUUAUAUAUAAAUAUAUAGAAUAUGAAUAUAUUUCUGAGCAUGGGUCUUUCAAGGUUUUGAUUCAUUAUUUUAGAAAUACUGGCUCCCAUGUGACUUCUGCUCUUUUUAAUGGAAAAGGAACAAAUAUACUUUUUGGCUUAUGAAGAUGACUGAAAGUCUGACUUCUACAUUUCCAGAAAGCCGAGUACUUUUUGAAGCGAAUGAGAAUAGGGGAAUGAUGAAGUUUGGGAUUUUUUCCAGGGGACUCUGCACACACAUGGAGGAAAGUAUGCUUCCCAAAGAAUGAACAAAUGCUAGGGGUGUACCCAUGAAGAGAUUUGGAAAUGAAGCUUAGAAGGAUUUCAUGUGUCAAUCGCAGGCCACUCUGCUGAGCAUCUUCUCCCAGGAGUACCAGAAACACAUUAAAAGAACGCAUGCCAAACAUCAUACUUCAGAAGCAAUUGAAAGUUAUUACCAGAGGUACUUGAAUGGAGUGGUAAAAAAUGGAGCUGCCCCAGUGCUCCUGGACCUGGCCAAUGAGGUGGACUAUGCGCCCUCAUUAAUGGCUCGGCUUAUACUGGAGAGAUUUCUACAGGAACAUGAGGAAACUCCACCCUCCAAGUCUGUUAUAAAUAGUAUGCUACGGGACCCUUCUCAGAUUCCAGAUGGAGUUCUAGCAAAUCAGGUCUAUCAGUGCAUUGUGAACGACUGCUGUUAUGGACCACUGGUGGACUGCAUCAAGCAUGCCAUUGGUCAUGAGCAUGAAGUCCUGCUGAGAGACAUGCUUCUAGAGAAAAACCUGUCCUUCCUAGAUGAAGAUCAGCUCCGUGCAAAGGGUUAUGACAAAACACCAGACUUUAUUUUACAAGUACCAGUUGCUGUAGAAGGACACAUAAUUCACUGGAUUGAAAGCAAAGCCUCAUUUGGUGAUGAAUGUAGCCACCACGCCUACCUGCAUGACCAGUUUUGGAGCUACUGGAAUAGGUGCCAUCCACUGGCUCAGAGGAGCUGACAAGGAUGCUGGACACUCAGCUUGGUUUUUUGUUUGUUUGGUUUGGUUCUUCUUCUGCUUGGGCCAGUCUCAGUAUCAGAUUGAGUAGAAAGAGCAGGAAGGAAAACACGGAUUCAAAGCAUCGCAUGGAAAAUGGAAAAUGCCGAGUUAAAAAGGAGGCUGGAGGCUGGUGUCUGUGUGUGUCUGGAAGGAGUGACCAGAGACUUUCAUUUCCUGCAUGUUGGCCAUUUAGAAAAGAAUUAAAAGGAGAGAUGGUAUUUUGGUACAAUUACUUAUCUCUUCUAAAAAGUAGAUAAUUAAAAAGAAAAAGCACUGAUACUGGGUGAUUUGGUAAAAUACCCCAUGUGCACAUGUGCUCUUUCAUGAGGUUGAAAGUGGGUGAUAUAUUUUAAACAAUUAAAGAACAAAAAUCAAGUUAAAAUAGAAGAUUACCAAGAAAAGGUAAACAACACUGCCACCAGGAAUGGCAGCUCAGAAUGUAGUUAAUUGUAUUGCUGGAGGAAAUUAGAAGAAAUGUGGUUACUGUCUUCCUUCAAGAUGAUCUUUUAUCUGAAAUGUUGAGUAGCUGAAUCUGACCCACUCAAUUAAUAUUCUUUACUGAUAUCUGCCACAUAUAUUUUGGGUACAAAAAUGUGGAAGUAAAAAUUGUUUUAAAAAAAGUUUGAGCUUGUUUCUAUCUUGUGGCAGUGAUUUUAUUCUGUAAUCAACAUCCAACAAAUAUUCAACUGUCACCUAAUAAGGACCAGGUUCUCUACUACUUGCUACAGAUCUUUAAAUUCUGAAUUUCUAAGAUACUGUCCUCAGUUGUAACUGUGAUAUACAACAAAAUUUCAAUGCCUACUGAACUGAUUAUAGGAAGGUCUACCUACAUUUGCUACAUGUUUAAGGAGCUUUUCACUAGAGUCUACAUCCAUUUGCGUAACUUUUCCUAGAUUUCUUCAAGCUAUUGUCAUCUUUCCUACCAUCCGUAUAAAAUUUCCUCUUU